AUGGAACAAGGCAAAGCCACUCUAAAGGAACUCGACAUUCGUUGUGAGGAACUAAUAAAGGAAGAGUUUGGUGAGAGAUGCAACUUCGACGUGUAUGAUGCAGUMCAGAAAUUGGAAAAGUUGGGAAUAAUUGCUAAGGAUGCAAUAGGAAGGUAUUACUGUGUUGGUCUUAAACGUGCGAAUGAGAUCAUUGGCACCACCACAGAAGAGCUGGUACUUAAGGCAAGGCAGGAGGGCAGUGCUUAA